GUCACAUUGACCUAGUUGUGGCAAACUUGAACCUCUCCAAUGACUACAAUCGAAGGCUUGUAAUGCGUUUGGGUAUUCGCGACUCAUUCAAUUCCCCGGAUGCACCGAUUCAGAAGGCUCUGAAAAGCUUCAACGAGAAUAUUGGCUACGAUUUCUCCAUAGAUAUCGCUUGGAUCGAUCUUUGGAACGACUUACAAGGGAAAUAUACUGACAAAUCCACUUUUGUGCCAUCUAUCGCGGAUUCCGUCAUUACGUUCUUGAAGCGCCUCGAAGCGCUACUAGAUACAUCCCAGGAUUUCCAAGAGAUCUUUCUUGAAAAGAUAGAGCGAAUGCGUAAAGCGAUUUUUGUAAAGAUCCACGACAAAUCAACUCCAACCAUAGAGAUAGUAAGAGGGGAAUUGCUCACACUCUUUUUACCUAAAAAUGCUGCUCCCGACUACCGGACCAUCUCCUCACAAAUUGGUAAAGAUAUUGAGGAAGCGUUUCGUGACAAAUCCAAAGUCGAGCGCCCUUCCCAAGGUGCCUCCGAAGAUUUAUUGAAGGACGAUUUCGUGGACAUAUCGCCUACUCGGAUCAAGCCUCCAGUAAAGUCUUCAUCCAGA